GUCGGAGUGAAGAGGCGGGGCUUGGACUUGGUUUUGGGUCUCCUGCUGCGCGGGGACUGGACGCAGUUGAGCGGAGUCUUUGCUUCCCCUCCCCCUGUGUUUUUCCGGGCGCCGGCGUAGGUCCCGCGCCUGUCCAUGGAAGGCGGAAACGGCCGCGGGGUCCAUCUCCUUGCCAAGGGGUCUGAUCCUCGCCGCCAUGUCUGGGGGCUUCGAGCUGCAGCCGCAGGACGGCGGCCCCCGGGUGGCCCUGGCGCCCGGGGAGACGGUGAUCGGCCGCGGGCCGCUGCUGGGAAUAACAGACAAGAGAGUAUCCAGAAGACAUGCCAUUCUUGAGGUGGCAGAUGGUCAGCUUCGAAUCAAACCGAUACACACAAAUCCAUGUUUUUGUCUGUCUACUGAGAAGAGCCAGUUCUUACCAUUAGAGAUAAAUCUGUGGCACCAGUUGAAUCCUGGAGAUAGUUUUUCGUUGUUAGUCGACAAAUAUAUUUUCCGUGUUUUCUCUACACACUCUGAAAUGGAAAUGAAGUGUACUUUAAGAAACAGUCAAAUGCUUGAUGAAGAUAAUGUAUUGAAUGAAACACCAAAAUCUUCCUCAAUUAAUUUGCCUGAUGAGACAGCUGGUGCCCCACAGCUGGAAAGAAGCACAGAAGUAGCUAAGACCCAGACUGCUACUGCGAAGAGUGUGUCUUUCCCAGGUGAAUGUAGAGACGUCAGUAAGCAGCAGUCAAACCCUGCCCAGAGGAAAAGAAUCCUUCCCGCGUGGAUGUUAACAGAAGAUCUAAGAGAUCAAAACCUUUCAGCACCAGUCCUCACUGGAGAUAAUAUUGUAACCCAGAGAAGUGGAAAAGAAGGAAUCUGCAAAGAUAAAACCCAAGUUAACAUAACACAGCAAGGAAAAAAGCGAUUAAUUUCAUCAGGAAGCUCAGAAAGUACAUCAGCAGAGCACGACACAGGAAAAAAGUGCAAAAAUGUUGAUCAGGAAGAGUCUGUCAUUUCAUCCAAGGGAAUGCCACGAUCAUUUUCUGCAAUCACAGUAAGUAACGCGGAGGUGAAUGAUAUGAAGACUGAUACACAGAGAAACAAAAUCCCAAUAGAGGAACUUGGUAAGGUUUCUGAACAUAACAUCAUCACUGAAGGGACACCAAAUAAAGAAGACGAAGCAGUGAGUUGUUCUGAGAGUUGUUCAAGUGCCCAAGGCAAGUCGUUCCAUGAUGAGGCUCAAGGAUCUCACCCUGAGUCCAGCUCUGAUCCUUCCAAUCCUGGAACUUCACGUGCAAAGGCAACUGAUUCCGUUCCACAAGCUUCUGAAGAAAACAAGGUCAAGAGGACAUCCUGCAUGUAUGGGGCAAACUGCUACAGGAAGAAUCCUGUCCAUUUUCAACACUUCAGUCACCCUGGUGAUAGUGAUUAUGGAGGUGUACAAGUCAUGUGUCAAGAUGAGGCAGAUGACCGGCCUGAAUGUCCCUAUGGAGCAUCUUGCUAUAGGAAGAACCCCCAGCACAAGAUAGAAUAUAGACAUGGUACACUUUCAAUGAGAAGCAUUUCAGGUGAAGAUGAUGAUGUUGGGCAGCCUAACGAGUACGACCUGAAUGACAGCUUUCUAGAUGAUGAGGAAGAAGAAUAUGAGCCAACAGAUGAAGAUUCUGACUGGGAACCAGAAAAGGAAGACCAAGAGAAGGAAGAUACGGAAGAGCUUUUGAAAGAAGCAAAAAAAUUUAUGAAAAGAAAAAAGUAACUCUUUUCUGCAGUGAUAGCAUAUGGCUCACAUUUACUCUUUCUUUAUGGGAAAAAAUUCAGGAACUAAGGAGGCACUUAAGCAAUAACUGUUUUCCUUCUUUUUAUAGUUAUGUCUUUACUAUUGACUCUUUGCAAAUGAAACAUUGAAAUGUCAACCUUCAGUGGAGUGGAUGGAAUUUGUUUUGUGGCUAUGAUUUCUCUAUCCUAUGUAAAAGCACCUGGAAAUAGGAAGGAGACAGAGAGUCAAAGAGAAAGAAUUGAUAUUUUUUCAUGUCCUUUGUGUGUUGGUAAUAAAAAAUAAAAGCCAUAGGUUGCA